AUGAAAGUCAUAUGGGGAGAUUGGGACGAGGCAUACCUUCACUUGCCUAUACUACUGAAUGCCAUCAAAAGUACGAACCCAAGCAAGCAUUUCCUUGUUGAGCCUCAAGGGGAGAAAUCAAGAACGGUGGAUGGAGUCCAUAGGCGUGUUUUUGGUCGUGCUUCAUGGAUAUUUGGGCAAUCAGUGGAGGCAUUCAAGCAUUUGAGGCCAGUGUUAGCAAUUGAUGGGACCUUCUUAACCGGUAAAUUCAGAGGUGUAUUGCUCAUAGCAAUUGGGAUUGACGCAGGGUUACACCUUGUUCCUUUGGCGUUUGCCCUGGUAGAGAGGGAGAACACGUCCAACUGGGAGUGGUUCAUUGACAUAGUGAGACGACGUUUGAUUGGACCGAAUAGAGAAGUAUGUAUAAUAUCUGGUAGGCACGCUGGUAUAUUGAACUCCAUCAAGAAUGAGAUUCCAGGCCACCGACCUAUUCACCACAGAUGGUGCAUGAGGCAUUUUUGUGCUAACUUUUAUACCGCUGGAGCUACUCAGGAUCAAAUGAAGGACCUCGAGCGCAUAUGUCAAAUCAACGAGAAAGUUCUAUUCAUAAGCGAGAUCAAGCGUCUCAUGGGUUUGCUUGGGGAAGGUCCUAAGAAAUGGCUAACGAACAAUAUGACAUUCAAGGCUAAAUGGACCAAAUCAUUUGAUACCGAUGGGCGUCGUUACAGCUUUAUGACUAGUAAUAUGGCCGAGAGUUUCAACAAUGUCUUGAGUAGCAUUCGAAAACUGCCCAUGACAGCUAUUGUGGCGUACACAUUCUCAAAGUGCAAUUGUUGGUUCAUCGAUAGACACAAAGAGGCAACUGUAGAAGUCCUGAGUGGAAAGAAGUGA